AUGUAAAAGUCUCUUAUUUCUCCUAACAAAUUAUUUGAGCAUCUUCAAAAGAGAAGAGAUGAGUUGAAACAGGCCAGUCUCAAAUCUCCAAUAAUAUCAGCAAAUAAGUAUCUAUCAUAAAGUUCUAUGGAUUAGACACUCAAUUCCAAAUAAUAGGAAUAGUAAACAAUUAAUAGAUAUCAAGAAGACCAGACCUAAAAUACUGUUUUGACUCAAAAUACACAUGUGCGUUAGAACAGUAAAAUCAUAGACUCCAAAGAGAAUUCUAGUUACUUAUCUACUUGCGCCAUGAAUCUACUCAAAAAAAUUAAAUCUGAAAAACUGGUUAGACCUGCACGUGAUCUGGUGUAAUACAAUAAUUCAGAUGUCAAAAAAUAAUACGAGCUUUUGUUAGAUUUGGCGAAAAAACCUUUGAUUGUUAAAUUACUAAAAUAACCUCGUUCUAUUAGUAAUCCUGAGAUAUUAGUACCCUAAUAUUACAUUCAAAAGGCUCAUGGAGAAUCUCAGGCUGGAAUGUUGUAUACAGGGUAAACCAAAAUAAAUCAAGACACUUUCAAGUUAGUUCAAAAAUUCUGUGGGCAAGAGAAUGAUUGGUACUUUCAGGUUUCGGAUGGCCAUGGAACCUAUGGUCAUCAAGUUGCAUAGUUUAUUUAUGAAGCUUUGCCACAAUUAGUAGAAAAAGAGCUAAAAUAACUAUAAAAUUAAUAUGAAAAGAAUAGAUCAAUACAUCAAAUUUUGAAAUAAUGUUUUACAAGGGCUAAUUAGGAUUUGUUAAAAAGUGGAAUUGAUGUAACAUAUUCUGGCUCAACUACUGUUGUUGUAGUAGCCUUCAACAAUGAAUUGCAUUGUGCCAAUAUAGGAGAUAGCAGAGCCAUCAUUGGAAGAUAUGAUGGCAAACUCUCUGUAGUUGAACUAUCAAAGGAUCACAAACCUGAUUGUUUUUUAGAAUAGACUCGUAUAUUGAGUAGAGGUGGAAGAGUACUUCCUUAUAGUGAUGAAGAGGGAUAAGCAAUUGGACCAGCAAGAGUUUGGGUAAUGCAUGAGGAUGUCCCUGGCUUAGCUAUGUCUAGAAGUUUUGGAGAUUAUGUUGCUAGUUAAGUUGGAGUGAUUUGCGAGCCAGAAAUUCUUAGACACUCCUUAUUAGAAUCUGAUAAGUUUGUCAUUAUUGCAUCUGAUGGUAUUUGGGAGUUUUUGUAAAACGAUUUAGUUGUUCAAAUUGUCUAUGAAUUUUAUAAGAAAGGGGAUGUGAAUGGUGCAUGUGUUAGAUUAAUAUAAAUUGCAAGAGAAGCCUGGCAAAGAGAAGACGAAGUCAUAGAUGAUAUUACUCUAAUUAUAGGGUUUUUUAAAUGA